AUGAACAGAAACUACUCGUCCCGCAGCCUCUGGUCAGAGACGGGUCAGGGGACAGUGUGCGGGCAGCAGGCGGGCGGCAAAGGAGAGCGGCAGGCGGCUUUUGGCUUCGGCUCCGGCUCCUCCGGCUCCGAGGUCGCGGCGUUGUCCCGGUCGCGGUGUCUGCAAGCGGUCUGCGUGCUCAACGAGACGGCCAAGCCGCAGAGCACGGAGUGGGGAGCGUUGCAGUGUCUGGAGCGGGCGUGCCGGAGCGUGGACACCGAGCUCACCAUCUUCCCUUUUGGGAAACUCGACUUCGGGGAGGCGAUGGUCCUCGACUCGUUCUACAAUGCAGACAUUGCAGUGGUGGACAUGAGUGAUGUUUUCAGGCAGCCUACGCUCUUUUAUCACCUGGGCGUGCGAGAAAGCUUCAACAUGACAAAUAACAUUAUCCUCUAUCACAACACUGACCUGGAAGGUGCCCAGUCACUUAAGGCUGUUAGCAGCAAUUAUCAUUUUAUCCCCUACGUGACAACAGCAAAUGAUGAUUUUCUGUGCUGCGAGAAUGACGUUCAACGGAGGGCCACUGAGUACUUACAACCAAACUGGGACAACCUUCUCGGACCCUUCUGUCAACCAUUAGUGGAGAAACUGAUCAAUCUUCUGAAAGAUAUUGAUGUUACUUCGAGCACGUACCUGAAGAAAACUCUGCUGAGUGACAUUAGAAAUGCAAGGGAGAAAUACCAAGGGGAAGAGCUGGCCAAGCGACUGUCUGCCAUUAAGUUGCGUAUCGAAAGCACAGAGGUCAUCACGCCCGACGUCAUCAUAAACCUUCUUUUCUCAUACAGGGACAUCCAGGAUUAUGAUGGCAUGGUGAAGCUGGUGGAAAUGCUGGAGGCUCUGCCAACCUGUGACCUGACUGAUCAGCACAGCAUCCGGUUUCAUUAUGCAUUUGCAUUGAACAGGCGGAAUCAACAGGGUGACAGAGAAAAAGCUUUAAGAGUAAUGCUUGAGGUCCUGGAGUCAUGUGGCCAGCCUGCCCCCGAUAUGUACUGCCUGUGUGGAAGAAUUUACAAAGACCUCUUUCUCGACUCGUACUACAAGGAUGUAAUCAGCAGAGAUAAUGCAAUUGAAUGGUACCGCAAAGGCUUUGAGCUCCAACCAACUCUAUAUUCUGGCAUUAAUUUGGCAGUCCUCCUAAUCGCUGCUGGCCAGCAGUUCGAAAGCUCAAUGGAGUUGAAAAAAAUUGGCAUGAGAUUAAACAGUCUGCUGGGGAGAAAAGGGAGUCUGGAUAAAAUGAACAACUACUAUGAUGUGGGCCAUUUCUUCACUGUCAGCAUGUUGGCCAAAGACAUCAACAAGGCUGUCCUGGCAGCAGAGAAGCUCUUCAAACUCAAGUCCCCUUUCUGGUACUUGAGAUCAGUAGUUCAGAACCUAAUGUUAUUGCAGCAAUUCCAGAAGAUGAACAUUGAUCAUUCCCCCAAACAGGAGUGUCUCAAUUUCUGGAUGGACAUCAUUGUGGAAGCAACUAAGACCAACAGCACUGGAUUACGUUUCCCUGUUCUUAUUCUAGAGCCAACCAACAUCUAUCAGCCAUCCUACAUAUCAAUAAAUAGUGAAGCAGAAGAAAAGACAAUCUCCAUAUGGCAUGUCUCUUCUGAGGUAAAGGGGAUUUAUGAAUGGAAUUUUACAUCCUCAUCAAUCAAAGGGAUAAGCAUUUCGAAAUGUGAUGAACGCUGCUGCUUCCUCUAUGUCCAUCACAACUCUGAUGACUUUCAGAUCUACUUCUCUACCGAGGCACAGUGCAGCAGGUUUUGCCGCUUGGUAAAGGAAAUCAAUGACGAAGCAGCAAGAGGCGCAGAACUGGAUAUUGAUGCUGAGGGAGAGACACUGGAGUAUGAGUACGAGUACGAAGAGUCUGAAGAACGGGUGGUGUUGGGAAGAGGAACGUAUGGAGUGGUUUACGCUGGGCGGGAUCUCAGCAAUCAAGUGAGAAUAGCCAUCAAAGAAAUACCGGAGAAAGAUGGUAGAUACUCCCAGUCUCUUCAUGAAGAGAUAGCUUUGCACAAGUAUCUUAAGCACCGAAAUAUUGUCCAGUACCUUGGUUCAGUUUCAGAAAAUGGCUAUAUCAAGAUCUUUAUGGAACAAGUACCAGGGGGGAGCCUUUCUGCACUCCUCAAAUCAAAGUGGGGUCCCUUGAAAGAUAAUGUAUCCACCAUUGUGUUUUACACCAGACAGAUACUGGAGGGUCUAAGCUAUCUUCAUGAGAACCAGAUUGUGCAUCGAGACAUUAAGGGAGAUAAUGUUCUUGUAAACACAUACAGUGGUGUGGUGAAGAUUUCAGACUUUGGAACAUCGAAGCGAUUGGCAGAAGUGAACCCUUGUACUGAAACGUUUACUGGCACAUUACAAUACAUGGCUCCUGAGAUCAUGGACAAGGGUCCCCGAGGUUAUGGUGCCCCAGCAGAUAUUUGGUCUCUGGGCUGUACUAUCAUUGAAAUGGCAACUGGCAAACCACCCUUCUACGAAUUGGGGGAGCCUCAAGUAGCUAUGUUUAAGGUUGGGAUGUUUAAAAUACACCCUGAAAUCCCAGAAUCUAUGCCAACAGAUGCAAAGUCCUUUAUUGUCCGCUGUUUCGAGCCUGAUCCUUCCAAACGAGCCACCGCUGCAGAGCUGUUGAAGGAUCCCUUCCUCAGGAAGACUAGUUGGGGAAAGAAGAAUAAAGUUGCCUUCAAACAGACUGAGUCCAAUCGAAACAUCUCUCUUCCUAUCCUGGGCCCGGGUGAAAACCAAGGCAACAGUGGCAGUGAUCCUGGAUCAACAUCACCAGACUUUGACACAAAGCAGAACCCAUUCUUUGAGAAAAAUGAAAGAACGAAUUCAGACAAUCAGAUCAGAGUUUCAGGGUCUCCUUUUCUGAGUCUCCCUGAUGAAUCUUCAUCCACGGACGAUCGGAGCAGUCCUGUUUCCUCUGAUGAGAUAGACACAAGCCUAUUCCUGCUAAAGAACGACAGCAAGCGCAGAUGCCUUCUCUACAAAAUUCUGAAUGUGGACCAGGAUAAGGUUGUUUCCAACUUGCUGGAAAAUCUGCACCAGGGUCAUGAAGAGCUUAAACUGUCAGUUGAUCACAUAAAGCAGAUAAUCAGCAUCCUGCGGGAUUUCAUUCGCUUUCCGGAGCAGAGAGUGAUGGCCAGUGCCAUAUCCAAAUUCAAGCUGAACUUGAGUUUCAAUCCCAUCUCCAUCAACCAGUCCCAGUUAGUUUUGUUUGCUUUUCAGGAUGCGGUUAAUAGAGUUGCACGACAUCAUAAUAUCAAGCCCCACUGGAUGUUUGCAAUGGACAACAUUAUCCGCCGUGCAGUUCAAGCUGCGGUGACUGUUCUUAAUCCAGAGCUGCAUUCUCACUUUGGGCCUAUCUCAGAGGGCGACGGGGCAGACAGAGAUGGAGAUGAGGUAGAGGAUCACAUCUACCAGCCGAGGGCAGCAUUGCCGGAAAACAAGGGGCAUCCCAUUACCUCGGGAGCAAGUAUCUUUAGUUCCGCCACAUCUCAUCACUUGCGGUGCCAAGGGGAGCCUCUGAGCGUGCAGCUGGGGGAAAUGAAACAGGAGACAAACAGGCUUUUGGAGUUGUUAGCCCAGAAGGAAAAGGAAUAUCAGAAGGUUCUUCAAAAAACAAUCAAGCAGAAAGGCCAGGCCAUAUCCCAACUCCAGUCAAAAUACACAUCAGCACCACUCCACACCCUGGAUCAGGAACUCGUCAGCUGGCUGGAAGAGCAAGGAGCCGAUGCAGAGACUAUAACCAGGUUCUGUGAAGAGGGCUACGCGUUAUCUGACCUUCUCAAAUAUGUCACCAAAGAUGAUUUGCGAACUCUGAAACUCAGAGGAGGAACUAUUUGCCGACUAUGGAAUGCCAUACUAAAAUUCAGGAAAAUAGCCAAAGACUAAAUAAAUGAAAAUGGAAAAUAUACAAUCCAGCUAUUUCAAAGUGAUGUUUUUAAAAAGAAUGACCAAAGAUGCAACCUUUCUGAGGGUAAAUAUGUUUGUGUGUGUCUCUACGUGUAUUGAACUUCAAUUAUUGCACUAAUUUGGAUUGCCAUACAGAUGGUUGUGAAAUCUUUACAAUUCUUAGUCUGUGAAUUUUGUAUACUUAGCUGUACUGACUUACUUCUGAAAGUACUGUUGCCUCUUUAAAUAACCUCCCUGUUCCCAUUACAAAGCAGCACCCUGAGACACCUUUACUUUAGAAGUGAACAUUUUGUAUUAAUAAUAAUUGUCUAUUUUUAGACCAAUAACAUAUUGGUUUUCUAGUAACAAAAAACAGCAAAAGGACCCAUCAUGAUGGAAAUAAUUUAAAAUUACUAUUAUUUGUUGUGCAAAUGAUCAUGUAAAAUUGAUUUCCCCUAUGUAAUAGAACAUGUAUGCUGUUCAUCGAUUUUUCUUUUUAGCUAAUACAUUUGCCACCUGUGCAGGAUCCAUCCAUUCUUUCAGCUGGCAUAAGAGGUGAGGGUUUGAGUUAGCUCAGUAAAUAGAUAUAGAUGGAUUUAAGUAUUGAAAGGAUUGUCAUCUUUUUUCCUAAAAAUGUUAAUUAGUCAAAUGUAACUUAAUGUCAUGGUUUGCCUUAGUUUACUAUCUUGCUAAAUGGUCCUGUCAGAAGGACAUCUUUAACCAACAGUGACUUGAAUGUUUAGUAUUUUUAUAUUACUCUGAAAGUUGUCUCUGAGUAAUUACCUUUAAAAAUGUUUUAUGAUUAAUACUUUUAGUAUUGUGCAUAUAUAAUUGUAAAUAUUGCUUGAAGUGAAAAUAUAUUUCGUUUGCACCGUUGAAACAGAAUGCUAUUCUGCUCUUCAAUCAGAUCAUUGCUGAUUUGUAUUUAUUCAUUAUGCAAAACUAAUUUUUAAUGAUAUGAUUAGUGUAGUUAAAGGUUUUCUGAGUAAAAGAUAUUUUCUUUAUAGUGAAGUGGUUUGAAGUGUCUGGUCAUUUUUCAAUGACCAGCUUUUUUAUGUCAGGAAUUACAAAUUAUUUCUAAAUAGUGUGAGAUGAGCUUUGGGGUCCUCCUAAGUCCCUCCAAGCCAC